GAGCACCGUUAGCGCUGCCUGGCGCUCGGCGCCGGCCCCGCGGCUCUGGCUAGCAGCGUCUGGCCCCGGCCACCGCCCGGACCCCGCUCGCUGGAGCCUGCGGCGGCUGUCGACGUGGAGUCCGGACACGGGAAGGACGGUUGGGUCAGCAGUCUUGUAGCUUGAAUCACCCAGAGGGAAAAACUGUAAAGCUGUAAGAAGAAAGCAUUUCAAUUUGGGACCCUUGCUUUCAACUGGCAAUGGGGAAUGGACUAUCAGACCAGACUUCUAUCCUGUCCAGCCUACCAUCAUUUCAGUCCUUCCACAUAGUUAUUCUGGGUUUGGACUGUGCUGGAAAGACAACUGUUUUAUACAGGCUGCAGUUCAAUGAAUUUGUUAAUACCGUACCUACCAAAGGAUUUAAUACUGAGAAAAUUAAGGUAACUUUGGGAAAUUCUAAAACAGUCACUUUUCACUUCUGGGAUGUUGGUGGUCAGGAGAAAUUAAGGCCACUGUGGAAGUCCUAUACCAGAUGCACAGAUGGCAUUGUGUUCGUUGUGGACUCUGUUGAUGUUGAAAGGAUGGAAGAAGCUAAAACGGAACUUCAUAAAAUAACCAGGAUAUCAGAAAAUCAAGGAGUCCCUGUACUUAUAGUUGCUAACAAACAAGACCUGAGGAACUCACUUUCUCUCUCAGAAAUUGAGAAGUUGUUAGCAAUGGGUGAACUGAGCUCAUCAACUCCUUGGCAUUUGCAGCCUACCUGUGCGAUCAUAGGAGAUGGACUAAAGGAAGGACUUGAGAAAUUACAUGACAUGAUAAUUAAAAGAAGAAAAAUGUUGCGGCAGCAAAAAAAGAAAAGAUGAAUAUGAAUACCUUUUGUAUCUGUGUGGAAUAGGUUUCCUCUGAUCUGAUUUUGACAAAUGGAAGAGUGUCUUCAGCUUGGUUUGCUCGCCUGUCUGCCCUUCUGGAUGCUAUUAAAGCUUUGUUUUGUUGAACAAUCAGAUGCCCAAAUGUGUUGCCUUGUGGAAGAUGAGUAAAUACAGUGCUUCUUAAAAUGGUCUCACUACUCUACAAUUCCUUUGGUACUACCAUUCUGGGAAGCCAAAAAUUGACCAGAAAGCAGUUAUGGAAAUUUGACUUGAAGUUCGUGAAAUAAAGCUUUGAAGAGUG